AUGGGGCCUACCAAUGGACACAACGGAAUCGCGAGCAAAACCAAUGGCUAUAGCAAACCACAUGUCAACGGAUCGUCGAAGUCGCCUGUGCUGAACGGUGUCGAUGGUCUUAAAUUGAAGAAACGCGACACAUCUAUCCGGCAGGUCGCACUGCCGGGGUCGACCCUCUACGACGACUCACAUGUCGACAGGGAGGAGUACAUCAGAUUGGUCAUACAGAGCUUGCGGGAUGUCGGGUAUAUCGAGUCUGCAGCCACGCUGGAGGCAGAGUCAGGGUAUACAAUGGAGACUCCGGAAGUGUCGGAAUUCCGGAGAUGCAUAUUGGAGGCAGAUUGGAGCAACGCUCAUGCUGCGUUGGUGCGGCUCGGUGCCACCGAAGAGGACGAACUCUGGGAUGCCAAAUUCUUGAUCAGCCAACAGAAAUACCUAGAAUUAUUAGAGGCGGGCAGGACAACCACAGCACUACAGGUGCUCCGCCGCGAGCUUGCUCGUUUGAGCACGGACCCAGAUCAACUGCACGCUUUAUCGAGUCUCAUCAUGUGCUCGAAUCCGGAGGACUUAAGACAACGUGCGAACUGGGAUGGGGCAUCGGGUAACUCUCGGCGACAACUGCUCCUCAGCCUCCAAACAGAGUCAAUGAAUGCGUUCCCUCAGGUCACGACUGCUAUCUUGGAGGUUCAUACAGACGAGGUCUGGAACAUCGCAUGGAGUCAUAGCGGGAAUUACCUCGCAAGCGUGGGCAGGGACAAGACGGCGAUCAUCUGGCGGGUCGAGUACGACAAAGAUCCAUCGACUCGAGAGUUGUCGCCGCAAAUCAUCCUCAGGGAGCAUAUGUUCUCGGUCGGCUGUGUGGCUUGGUCGCUGGACGACUCAAUAUUACUUACGGCAUCUGAGAAUAUAAUCAAGUUGUGGAACUCGAAGACGGGUGUGUGCAAGGAAACGCUUACUCAGCACACCGAUGUUGUGGCGGCUCUCACAUGGCUCCCCGACAACUCGGGCUUCAUAUCUGGUGGGCUUGACCGCAAGAUCAUAUUCUGGGACUCUAACGGCCGGUCAGUCCAUACUUGGACACCUUGCCCUGUCCGUGUCACCGACCUGGCCGUCAUGCCUGAUAUGACGCGGCUCAUUGUUGUCGGUAUGUACGAGACAUCGCCGACAGUGCCUGUCGGGACUACGACACCACCCGAGGGUGGCCCUCCCGCGAACGCCAAGCCCUCUUCUGAGAACCGCGCUAUUGUAUAUGACCUUGCAACCAAGGAGCCGGAAAUGUUCAUUCCACUCGAAGGCGAGCUGUCGAGCGUGAAGGUCUCGGGUGACUCCAAAUAUGCAUUGAUCAAUCGUGCGCCUGCAUCAGACAGCGAGCCACCAUCUGAAAUCCAUCUAUGGGACCUCGAGACGGAGCGGUUGGUGAAGAAGUACGUUGGCCAUAAACAAUCACGCCAUGUCAUCCGAAGCUGCUUUGGAGGUGUGGAUGGCGCCUUUAUCGCCAGUGGCAGUGAAGAUGGCAUCAUAUACGUCUGGCACAGGGACUCUGGAACACUACUUGAAGCGUUGACCGGGCACGGUGCCGGCAGCGUCAACUCGGUGGCCUGGAAUCCUCGAAAUGAACGCAUGUUCGCGUCAUGCUCAGAUGACAAGACUAUUCGGAUAUGGGAGGCGCCACCAUCGACCGCUGCACAUCCAAACUCCCGCAUCGCCGAAUAUGCGUUGCCGGAGUUGGAGAACGGUAAGGGCAAGGGCCGCGAGCGAUGGGAUGGGUACAGAGCAGGAAGCGGAUCCGACGUUGGCGCAUCGUCAAUUGCCCUAUGAGUAUGCAUAUGACCAGCUUCAAGUCACCAUCAGCAUAUUGACAUGUUGUCACCAUUGGAUUCUCUUCACUUUCCGUCCAUUUACGCACGAUCGCAGUUCCUCCGCUCACGUCCCUAAUCAUUUGCAUCCCACAUCUGUCGUUGCAUAUAGAAUGUAUAACACUUGAAUAGUAUAUGUACAGUUGAUGAAUACUCAAAUCAUGUUUUUGACUU